UAGCUAGCGAAGGAAAGAAAUUCAAGGACGUGGCGUCUGGAUGCACACGGCACGUUCAUUUCCGUUUCGACUGACAAUCCGCGAUAUUUAUUUCCACCUCCAUUUCUGGUCCAUCGCGCGCACUCUCUCUCUCUCUCCCCCCAUUCCUCAUCCGGUUCUGCGUUCUCUCCCCAAUCUCUUCCUCCGCCUCCAGCUCUAGGUCUUUCCAGAUCGGCAUGGCUACGAUCUGAUACCUGAGACGGAGGUGGAGUGGUCGACAAUCGACAUGGAGGUGGAAUACCAAGAGGAGUACAUCCAGAACUCAAGAGGCUUGCGGCUAUUCACAUGCAGAUGGCUUCCGCUCUCUUCCUCGCCAAAAGCCCUCGUCUUCCUCUGUCAUGGAUAUGGCGUGGAAUGCAGCGGGUUCAUGAAAGGGUGCGGAAUUAGGCUUGCGACUGCCGGAUUUGGCGUGUUUGGCAUCGACUAUGAGGGACAUGGGAAGUCGAUGGGUUCAAGAGCCUACAUUAAAAAGUUCCAACAUAUCAUUGAAGAUUCCUAUCAGUUUUUCAAAUCCGUCGCAGGAACAGAGGAAUACCGAGACAGGUGCAGAUUUUUAUACGGGGAGUCAAUGGGCGGUGCGGUGGCCCUCCUAUUUCACCGAAGGGACCCAACAUUUUGGGACGGGGCAGUCCUCGUUGCACCUAUGUGUAAGAUAUCUGAGAAGGUGAAGCCGCAUCCAGUGGUAGUGAAUCUCUUGACUCGUGUGGAGGAGAUCAUACCUAAAUGGAAGAUAGUUCCUUCAAAAGAUGUCAUCGAUUCCGCCUUCAAAGAUCCCAUCAAGCGUGAACAGAUUAGGAGCAAUAAAUUGAUCUACCAGGACAAGCCUCGCUUGAAGACCGCUCUGGAACUUCUUAGGACUAGCAUGGAACUUGAGAACAACUUAUCCACGGUGAAGUUGCCAUUCUUCGUGCUCCACGGCGAAGCCGACACGGUGACGGACCCGGAAGUGAGCCGGGCACUGUACGAGCGCUCCGGAAGCGCAGACAAAACCAUCAAGCUGUAUCCGGGGAUGUGGCAUGGGCUGACCGCCGGUGAGCCGGACGACAACGUGGAGGCCGUCUUCGCCGACAUCAUCGAGUGGCUCGACAGGCGGAGUUUCUGCCGGGCUCACGAGUGGGCGGAGAACGUCAAAGUGGUGGGGUCAGACGGCGGCAGCCCGGUUUCUCCGGCGGCGGCAGGGCGGCGGAGGUUCCUGUGCGGGUUGAAGGGGCGGACGCAGCACCACUCGGCGAUGUGAGUGUGUCGCGGGAUGAUGAAACACGAACAGUGGAGCGGAAUAUUUCGUUGGAGAUGUGUGUGGGUUAAUUAAUUAGAAUAAUCCUGCAGUUAAUGGCAAAGGCGGGUUGUAGCGAAAUUCACAUUCAAACAUAGGUUUCAUAUAUGAUCUAUUUCAAUAAUUUACUUUUGAUCCA